AAUUCUUUCCCCUCUCUCUCUCGAUCUAAUUCCUUUCUUUAUACCGCGAUGGAAAUGGAAACGCUUCCCAACGGCAACUCCGCCACCGCCACCGUCACAGACGCGGCUGCCGCCUCCGCCACCAUGACAGCUCCGCCGUCGAAGCUGAAUCAGUUGGCGGAGUUUCUGAAACUGGAACACCAGUUCUUGAGAGUCCCCUUCGAGCAUUACAAGAAGACGAUCCGCGCCAACCACCGUAUCGUCGAGAAGGAGAUGUCUGUUGUCAUCUCCGGCGUGGCGGACGUCGCCGGCGGCGAUUUGUCCCGAGACGUUGCCGUUCAGCACCUCAAUUCACUCGUCUUCAGGUUACAAGGUCUCAAGAGGAAGUUGGAAGAAGGGAGUCGUACAGAACACUUACAAGCACAGAGGUGCCGGGCUCGCCUGGAUCACUUGGAAUCAGCAGAUGCAGAGAAUCUAUCAGAAUGGAGCAACACACGCUUAAAGCGGAUUCUUGUGGACUACAUGUUGCGAAUGUCUUAUUAUGAUACUGCAAUGAAGCUGGCCGAAAGCAGCAAUAUAAAGGAAUUUGUUGAUAUUGAUGUAUUUCUUGAAGCGAAAAAGGUGAUUGAUGCUCUUCAGAACAAAGAGGUAGCUCCAGCCCUUGCUUGGUGCGCUGAGAACAAGUCCAGGUUGAAGAAGUCUAAGAGCAAAUUCGAAUUUCAGUUGAGACUUCAAGAGUUCAUAGAGUUGGUACGAGCUGAAAACAAUAUGCGAGCUAUCACAUAUGCUAGGAAGUACCUUGCCCCAUGGGGAGCUACCCAUUUGAAAGAACUGCAGCGGGUCAUGGCUACACUGGCUUUUAAGAGUAGUACUGAAUGUGCAACAUACAAGGUUUUAUUUGAACCAAGGCAAUGGGAUUACCUAGUGGACCAAUUUAAACAGGAAUUUUGCAGGCUGUAUGGCAUGACCCUUGAGCCUUUGCUGAAUAUAUAUCUGCAAGCGGGCUUGUCUGCUUUGAAAACUCCGUUCUGUUAUGAGGAUGAUUGUAGCAAGGAGGAUCCUCUGUCACAAGAGAGCUUCCGCAAAUUGGCAUUGCCAUUACCAUUUUCCAAGCAGCAUCAUUCAAAGCUCGUUUGCUACAUAACUAAAGAGUUAAUGGACACAGAGAACCCCCCGCUAGUGUUGCCAAAUGGCUAUGUCUACAGCACCAAGGCUCUUGAAGAAAUGGCAAAGAAGAACAAUGGCAAAAUCACCUGUCCAAGGACAGGUUCCGUGUUCAACUAUUCAGAAGUGAUCAAGGCAUAUAUUUCAUAAGUCAGAUAUUCAGGACUGAUCAGAGUUCUAUGCUGAGGGAGGUUGGAUCUGCUGGAGUUUCUUGUUAAACAUGCCGAUUCCUGGGGUAAUUUCUUCACACCCAUCACAUAGUUCUAGGAUUGAAGACUACCGCAUGUACAUAUGCAAAUUGUUCUUUUCAAGUGUUCUGUACUUAUUGUUUGUCAUCUAAACAUUAAAAUAAAAUAAAAAUAGAAAAUGUUUGAUGUCGUCGUCCUAUAGAA